UCAGCAUGGCCUCGCCGCCACCUGCGCCGCUCUUCAAGAAGCGCCGCGCACGUCCUGCAGGCGCGGGCGCCGCGGCGUCGGCGGCAUCGGCCGGCGCCUCGCAGGCUGCCACGCGCCGCCCGGCCGACGAUGAUGAGGACGCCGACGAGGGCCCCGCCGUGGUUGUCCGCUCGCGCACCACGGCGGCCGGUACUCCGGCAGCAGGCGGCGCACCCAAGAAGGAGCGCAGCAAGGGCCUGCGCGAUGCGGCGCUGCGGCCCACUGUCACAGGCGACGAGGCGGACGAGCGGGAAGAGGCAUUCACACUCAGGCGCUCUGCGCUCGCUCAGGCGGCUCGCUCUAGCCUCUCUUCACUGCCCGAGCAAAGCGCAGCAGGGCCGUCUACGCCGUCUGCCUACACCCCAGCAGCCCUUGCCGCCCUGAAGGCUUCAACGCCGACGCUCUCACGUGUCGCAUCGCACAACGGCAACGGUCUGGACGCAGACAUGGAGGAUGGAGAUGCUGCAGGCGCAGGCGAGACGCUUAUCCCGAGUGCAGCCCGCGUCCGCGAGCUCAAGGAGCGGCGGCGCGCGGCAGCUGCUGCGUCGGCCGCUGGCGGAGGCGCGGGACAGCAGGAGGCGGCAGACUUCAUUGCGCUCGGCGAAGGGUCAGAGCCGCAUCCAGCCAGCCGGAUGAUGCGAGAGGAGGACGAAGCCGAGGAGGAAGACGCACAUGCUGGCUUCACUGGCUCAGCCGAGCGCAUUGCGCUGGGCGACGAGGCGCGCAAAAAGGAGCACAGGCGGAAACGGCAGGAGCUACGCGAGCUCGUCGAGCAGGAUGGCGAAGGUAGCGCAGACAGCCAGGACGAGUGGGAGAAGGCUCAGAUGGGACGCAUGGGCUUCCGAGUCAAGGAUCGGGGACCGUCGCCGUAUCGGUCUGCGCCAAUACCUGCCGUCGUGCCGCUGCCGACCUUGAGUGGCACGUCCACGCGCCUCUCCAUUCGUCUCGUCGAGCUCGACGAGGCAAUCUCGUCGCACGAGCGCGUGCGAGACGACGCCACGCGCGGCAUGGCACAGCUCGAGGAGGAGGAGAGUGCGAACAAGGAGCAGGUCGUCAGUGCCGGCGACACGGAGGCCUGGUUCCGCGAGCUGGAUGAUUUCGUCCUCAACCUCGCCUCGCUGCUGGAGAAGAAGGUCCCAGCCCUUGUCGACACUGAGCGCGCUGCAGCCUCGCACCUGGCUGAGCGCGCAAGACUAGUGCAACGGGCGCGCGCCAAGCAGAUGGAAGACGAGCUGGCGCUCUUCCACGGCGUGCCCGAGCUCUCGCUGCUGCCGCCAGUGCCAUUACGCGCUGAUGCUGAGCCCGACGAGGUCGCCGAAGCGGAGCCAAGUCCUGGCGACGAUGGCGAUGCCAUGUCAGAUACGCGAGCAGCGCGCCGGGAACAGCCGACGCUGGACGAUCUCCGUCCGGAGGAUCAAGCCGCCUUCGCAAAAGCAUGGCAGGGCAUCACCACGCGUCUCGACGAGCUGCUCUCCGACGUGCAGGCGCCCGAAUAUCGCUCGCCAGCAGCACAGGUCGAGCGGCACGGCACCCUCGUGCCACACCCGGCCUCGCUCGUCUCGCGCUUCUCCGACUGGCGCACGCGCUACGCCGACGAGUAUGCCGGCGCCUGGGGCGGUCUGGCGCUCUCCGGCGCGUGGGAGUUCUGGGUGCGCAGGGAGAUGGGUGCAUGGGACGCCCUGCGCUGCGCUGCUGGCGGUGCAUCUGGACCGCAAGGACUUGACGCCUUUGAGUGGCACGCGCAGCUCGGAGCAUAUGCAGAGGCACAGCCGGAGCCUAGCGGAGGCGACGAAGAGGCGGUCGGCAACGUCGUCAGCACCGUCGUGGUGCCGCUGCUUGUAGCGCGCGCCGAACGAGGCGCCUACGACCCAUGGAGCGAAGUCGAGACACGUGGCGCCAUCGAGCUGGCCGAGCAGGUCGGCUACGUGCUCGAGCGCGACGGCUGGCGCUUCCAGUCUCUCGUUGCCGCCCACAUUGCGCCCUUCCGCACGCACAUCGCAGCGCUGCAGGCCUCGCUCGACUCCGCCGUGCUCUAUCCGGCACCAGGCUUCCACCCACUCUCUCCGCCCGCACGCCUCUCUUUCGUGCGCCGCCUCGUGGGCCUGUUGCGCCACCUCGGCCGCUGGAACCGCUACGUCGGGCCAGGCGAGCGUCCGGCCUACGCGCAGACAGUCGACACGCUGCUGGACCGCCUCAUCUGGCCUCUGCUGCAGCAGAGCAGCGACACCGGCGGCAAGGACACCGCGAAAGAGGUCAUGUCUGCAGUGCCGCCGACGCUACUCCCUACUGAGCUCCGCACACGGCUCCUUGCCUACGUCGGGUCGUAAUCGAUGCAUGACGGACACAAG